CCCCUUAACCGAAACACCACCCAAACCCAAGCAAGCAAGACACAUUUGGCUCCGUCACACUCACUCACUCAUCUGUCCGUCCAUCAUCAUCUCUAGCUAGCUUCCAGUGAAAGCUGCAAGCGACAGCACAACCAGCUGAGAAGAAGUUUGUAGAAGAUGGGCAAGCUCUGGACGAUCCUCACUCACCUCCACUCCCUUGCAGGGCCAACGGUGAUGCUCUUGUACCCCUUGUACGCGUCGGUGCAAGCGAUGGAGAGCCCGUCCAAGCUAGACGACGAGCAGUGGCUGGCCUACUGGAUCCUCUACUCCUUCAUCACGCUCAUGGAGAUGGUCCUCGAGUCCCUCAUCUACUGGAUCCCGAUUUGGUACGAGCUGAAGCUGCUGUUCAUCGCGUGGCUGGCGCUCCCCAACUUCAGGGGCGCCGCGUUCAUCUACGACAAGUUCGUGCGGGAGCAGCUCCGGAAGCACGGCCUCACCACCGCCGCCGGCUCCGGCAGCAAGAAGGACGACGGCAAGUCUUCGUCGUCGCCGUCGUCCAAGGAUAAGGACAAGCCCAAGAGCAAGUUCCUCGCUUUCGUCACACCCAAGAAGGAUCAUGAAGCUUACUGAAGCAGGGUGCAGUGAACCCAUCCCCGUAGUGUGUACUCCACUAGAUUUCUGUUGUGUGUGUUCUUGUUCUUCUCUUGAAAUAGAGCUGUUCGAUGUGUGUAUGAACAUCCUGUAUUUGUGAACAUCAACUUUAACAUGGAAUGAAGACAUGACGACCUUUCGGUGUUGAUGA